CACGAGCGGAUGUGGAAAUGACGGCGGCGACACAACAAAGAGCGCAGAAACACAGUCGGAGGGAGCGUCGGGACAGCGGCAGCGUCUAGUCAAAGAGCCCGCGGAGCAGCAGCGAGGGAGCGCGGGCGGCGAGGGAGCGAGGGAGGGAGCGGAUGCGCGCGAGGACAAAGGGCGACUCUUAAGGGGAGCGUGGACCUUGAAAAUGUCGGUGAUGGGGCCCCUUUCGCUGCGUCUUGGCCGGGCGGCGCGCUGGAGGGAUCGCGCGCUAAGAGGCAGAGGCCCGGCCGAACGAAUAAUGGCAGGGGCCGUGGGCAGCGAACCGCCGGGCUGUCUACCACAGUAUGUACCACUGCUGUGGCACUGCUGUCUGCAGCAUCAGGCAUCUAGUAUCGCAGAGCCACAGCGCGGAAGCUGGAGAAAGAGUGGCUGCAGCGCGGGAACGCAGUGUGCAUGUCUGAGAGUCACAGUACAUACCAACGGCGCGCGACAAGACGGCGGCGGGUGUUCGCGCGCCUGUCAACACCGCAAUCUUGGAAAUUGCGGCCCCUGCGCGCACGGCGCGAGUCGAGAGUCGAGCCCAUCCCGACGCGCACGCGAUCACCGGCCACAAGGGUGGACACUCGCCAUUCAUUUCGCCGAGACUCUACAUACCCUCUCCUUCUCAGGAGACUGACAAGAGUAGUGACAUAACGCCCCUUCCGCCGCCGGUCCCGGCGCACUUCUCAAGUCCAACGCCACGCCCGCCCACGCUGAUA